AUGGCACAAACUCUCCCAAUUGUGUUUAAGGAAGUACUCCAAUUAUCCAACUUGGGUAUUGGAGCACAAUCUAUUGGAUUUGCAACAUUGACAAUGGAAAGUGAAAAAUAUAUUUGCAUUAGAGAGACUGGAACCGAUGAAAAUAACAAUGUAGUUAUCAUCGAUACAGACAAUCCCUCACAAAUCCUCAGAAAACAAAUUAAAGCUGACAAUGCAAUUAUGAAUCCAAAAGAACCUAUUUUGGCACUUAAAGGUAAAUGA